AUGCUAAAAACUUUUUUUGAUCUUCUUGAGGCAGCUCAAAAGCCUUUGUGGGAAGGUUGUGUGCACUCUCAACUAUCGAUAGCUGUUAGAAUACUAUGCAUUAAAGUCGAGGGAAACCAAUCACAGGAGUCAUUUAAGCAGUGGGCCACCUUAAUUAGGGAAAUUGCUCCUGAGGGUAGUGCCAUACCUAGGGAUUACUAUGAGGUUAAGAAGUUAGUGCAAAAGCUUGGAUUGAAGGCAAUCAAAAUAGAUUGUUGCUCAAACAAUUGCAUGUUGUAUCGAAAAGAUGAUGCUGCUCUAACUAGUUGUAAGUUUUGUGAAGCACCUAGAUUCAAGCCUAUUUCCGAAGGUGGUUGUACGUCCAAAAGAGUUCCUGUCAGACGGAUGCACUACUUACCCUUAAUCCCUAGACUUCGAAGGCUUUAUGCGUCAAUGAGUUCAGCUCCGCACAUGACGUGGCAUAUAAAAAACCAACGUGAUGAUGGCGUGAUGACCCAUCCGUCACAUGGGGAGGCAUGGAAAAGCUUUGACCGUAUCUACUCUGAUUUUGCUUUGGAGCCUAGAAAUAUUAGGUUAGGUCUUUGCUAUGAUGGGUUUACCCCAAAUAUCCAAUUUAGCAAGCCUUAUUCUUGUUGGCCCGUAAUUGUAAUUCCAUACAAUCUACCUCCUGGAAUGUGUAUGAAAGAUCCCUAUUUGUUCUUGACUUGCUUAAUACCUGGUCCUAAUAACCCUAAAUCCAACAUUGAUGUAUUCUUGGGACCCUUGAUUGACGAAUUAAAUGAGUUGUGGAAUCCUGGUGUUUUGACGUAUGAUAUUGUAGAAAAGAAGAAUUUUGUCUUAAAGGCAGCAUUGAUGUGGACUAUCAAUGAUUUCCCGGCUUAUGGGAUGUUGUCUGGGUGGAUGACACAAGGAAGAUUGUCAUGUCCAAUUUGCAUGGAGGAUACCAAGUCUUUUACACUAUCACAUGGAGGCAAGGCAUCAUGGUUUGAUUGUCAUCGGAGGUUUUUGCCAAUAAACCACCCUUAUAGGCGCAAUAAGAAUGACUUCAGGAAGAAUAAAAUAGAAAGUGAAGAGCCUCCUACCAAAUUAAGUGGUUUGGAGAUUUGGCAAAGGGUUAAAGGACUUGGAAAGAUAUCAGAUAAUGGAAAGUGGAUCAAAUCGCGAGAGUAUGGUAUUACUCACAAUUGGACUAAGCAAAGUGUGUUUUGGGAGUUACCUUAUUGGAAGGAUAACCUGGUUCGUCACUGUCUUGAUGUAAUGCACAUAGAGAAGAAUGUGCUUGAUAACAUAAUGAAUACUGUUAUGGACACUGAUAGAACUAAAGACAAUGAAAAGGCUAGGUUAGAUCUGGCUGAACUGUGCAAGCGUCCAGAUUUACAUUUGCGGCAUGUCGGUGAUAAUUAUUGGUCCAAACCUAAGGCAGCUUAUACUUUAACUUCUGAACAGCAACAAGACGUGUAUAAGUGGGUGCAACAACUUAGAUUUCCAGAUGGUUAUGCAUCUAACCUUGCUAGAUGUGUAAGUCUUUCCCAUGGGAGGUUUAUUGGUAUGAAGAGCCAUGAUUGUCACAUUUUUAUGCAGUGCUUACUUCCAACUGCAUUCAGAGAACUACCUACAAAUAUAUGGAAGCCUCUUACCGAGUUAAGCCAGUUUUUCAAAGACUUGUGCUCAACCACCCUCAAAGUUCAUGAUUUAGAGGUUAUGGAGCAAAAUAUUCCCAUUAUCCUUUGCAAGUUAGAAAGGAUAUUUUCCCCGGGAUUUUUUAAUGUGAUGGAGCAUUUGCCAAUUCAUCUAGCAUAUGAGGCACGUGUGUGUGGACCUGUCCAAUAUAGGUGGAUGUAUCCGUUUGAAAGGGUGAUAGGAGCAUUCAAGCGAACAGUGAAAAAUAGAGCAAGGGUUGAAGGUUCGAUUUGUGAGGCUUUCUUGGCAAAGGAGACUUGA